AUGAUGCAUCUCCUGAGCUUGGACGAGUAUGGCGAGCUUUCGCUGGGAACAUACGACGAAGAUAAAUGUCCACCGUAUGCUAUCCUAUCCCAUACCUGGUACGCCGACGAGGACGAAGUCACGUACAAUGAUGUGAUCAAUGGCCGGGGCAAGAACAAACCUGGGCGCGAUAAGAUCAUGUUCUGCGGCGAGCAAGCCCAGAAGGAUGAUUUGAGGCACUUCUGGGUGGACUCCUGCUGCAUCGACAAAACCAGUUCAGCAGAACUCAGCGAGUCCCUCAACUGCAUGUUUCGCUGGUACCGGAACUCGCGAAAAUGCUAUGUAUACCUGUCCGACGUGGCAAUGAUGCAAGGCGAUAGUCACCCACCAACUUUAUACAGCUGGGAGGCUACCUUUCAGCAGUGCCGAUGGUUUACUCGUGGCUGUAAUGCUUACCCGAAGUGGGGGAAAUGGAUAUAUCCACUAACCUUUUCGAUGUGUAGGGACUUUGCAAGAACUGCUCGCUCCUAA